AUGCUAUGUUCAAGCUCUGAACAACUUGUGGGAGUUUGGAUUGUUAAUUGUGGCAUUAAGAACAAUUGUGACCCUACAAAGAGGAUUCAUCUGUCCGAAUUGGUGCUAUCAUGGGUCUUGGAAUUGCAUAUGCAGGUAAGAAGCAAAUUGUCGCCGAUACUGAAUGAUGCAAAAGCGUCUCUCAAUGUGAUUGCAUUUGCAUCUCUUUCUUUAGGACUGAUCUAUGUUGGUUCCUGUAAUGAAGAAGUAGCACAGUCUAUUAUAUUUGCUUUGAUGGAUCGAAGUGAGGCACUUGGUCCUGGACUUCUCUACCUGGGCAAACAGGAAAGUGUAGAGGCUACAGCUGAAGUUUCAAAGGCAUUCAAUGAGAAGACUAGAAAGUAUUGUGAUAUGACACUUCUUUCAUGUGCUCAUGCUGGAACUGGAAAUGUCCUUAAGGUCCAAGACCUCCUUUCUCAGUGUGGAGAGCAUCUUGAGAAAGGUGACAUCCACCAGGGUCUAGCUAUGCUUGGAUUAGCAAUGGGUUUCUAUGUCUGA